UGCAUGGGCCGCGCGGAGCGGCGUGAAGCGGCCCGUUUCGGGUCUCUUAGCCUAUAACUACUCUACGGUUCAGCAAAGCAAACGUACGCUCACCCCCUACCACCCACGCUCCUUACUCUUUACCAUGCUUACUCUCGCUCUUCUCCCCCUCCUCCUCGGGGCCCUCGCGGCACCCACAGAGCAGCAGCUCGCGAAGCGCAACGAGCGUUGUGCGAACGGCAUCCCUGUCCCAAAGGACGGCGGCAUUAUCCGCUCCCAGUGCCACUACAACGGGCCAUCUUGGGCCGGGGAGAUGCACCCCGACGCAGCGGCUCGCAUUCACCAUGCUUGCGAGGAGCACGCGCGCUGCUAUGCGGACUGCCGAUCGCCGCGCACAGAGUGCGAUGUGCGCCUGCUCAUCGACACGUUCGCGUCCUGCAACCUUCAGCCGGGGACCUUUGAGGCCACCGAGGCGAAUGCGGCCAGCGUGUGGAUUCGUGGCAAUUACCAGUGCGAUUUCCACGAGAUAAUCGCCCCCCAGAUCACUCAGGCGAACUUUGAGGCCAUGAAUGCCCGCCACUGCACGUGUGUGCAGGUAUAGUGGAUGAAGGUCCGCAUAUGUGAUGUGUUGCCGAGCGUGUGUGAGGUUCGCAGAAGCAAUGCCUCUUGAUUCCCGUGACCGCAGACGCAUGACAUAGCCUGCGCCUCAUGCCUCCGUCUCACAAUGCGCCAGAACCGCACCUGCCGAUCUAAUUUACGUAUUCAGA